CCAUAUUGAUUGAGUUCUGCCUGAAUUUCCCUCAGAACUUAAGGGACUUUAGUCCUGCCCGACUCUAUCUUGCCAGACUCUAUCUGAAGGGACUCUAAAUUUUUCUCUCUCGGUAAAAUCAAAUGUUUUCUAUGUAUUUAGAUUUUUUUCUGAUCAGUGAAUUAUUUUUUCAAUAAAUAGUGCAAAAUAAAAUCAAAUGGCUUUAAAAAUAGUAUUAAUUGGUAUUCGAUAAUCAUGGGAGUAACAGGAUUAUGGAGAUUAAUUGAUGCUUCAGGAAAGCCGGUGCCUGUAGAAACAUUGGAAGGAAAAAUUUUAGCAAUUGAUAUAUCAAUUUGGAUCUAUCAGGUAUUACAAGGAUAUCAAGAUCGUCGAGGUCAUGCUGUUCCAAAUGCUCAUUUAUUAGGUUUAUACAAUCGUAUAUGCAAACUGUUAUAUUUCAAAAUAAAACCAGUAUUCAUUUUCGAUGGAGGAGUUCCAUUAUUAAAGAAAAAUACAAUUGCUGCAAGAAAAAAACAUAAAGCACAAUUAGCUGGAACAGCUGAAAAAAUGAAAAAUGAUUUGUUGCAUAAUUUGAUGAAACACUCAUUAGUCAAAGGAGUUUUAGCAAAACAGGUUAGUGAAAAAGAACAAUCAACUACAAAUAUUUUAAAUAGCAAUAUCAAACGAGUUGAUGAUAUAUUUAAACUUCCUGAAUUAUCAAGUAAUUUAACGGAAGAUCAUGAUUCAAAUGACUCUGAUAAUACCAUUGAAUUAAGUCCUCGUAAACAAGUAAAAUGGAAAGGAAAUAUUCAUAACGUUGAUGUAAAUACUGAUGAUUUUAAAUCAUUACCAGCUGAUGUUCGUUACGAUAUAUUAACAGAUUUAAAAGAAACUAGAAAACAAAAUUCGUGGGGACGAUUGCAUGAGAUGCCUGAAGAUUCACAACAAUUUUCUGGUUUCCAAAUGAAACGAUUGUUAAAAAGAAGGCAAGUUCAGGAAAGUCUUGAAGCUGCAGAACGUGAAAUGGGAGGAAAAACUCUUACUUUGGAAGAACUAGAAAAGUUAAUGAUCGAUCAAGGUGUUGAUACAAAAAGGAAUGAUAAAGUUUUUCGAAUAGCUUCUAAUAGUACAUCUAGAGUGAUCUACAUCAAUGAUCCAACAAACUUAAAAUCAAAUCAAGAGAAUUUUGAGAAUAUUCUUACAGAUUUAAAUCAACCUAGUUGUUCAAAAAAUAUUACAACUCAUGCACAAUUAUCUGCCAUUCCCGAAGAAUCUAAUUCUUUGAUUGAAAAUAUCAAUGAAUACGAUCUUGAUGAUGAGUGGGAUUCAGAAUUAAAAAUCGUUAAUAAGGUAGUAGAAUCUCCGAUUAUAAAAAAAUUUUUUAGCAAAUCAUCUAAUCCAGUGUUAGCUUACAUGCAAGCACAAUCUGGACUUUCACAGGAAAAAAUUCUUGAAUUUAUUCAACAAAAUAAAGAAAUGAUGAACAAUACUGCUAAAAAUACAGAAACAAAACGAUCAAAACGAAAGCGAGUAAUUAUAGAGAAUAAGAAAAUAUUUGCACAUAAUAAAAGAGCAAGAGUAGAUUCAGAAACAUGUUUGGAAACUAUUGAAGAAAUGAUUCAAAUAAAAGAAGAAAUAAAUUCUUCAGAUAGUGCACAAGAUAAUGAUGAACAAAUAGAAAGAAUAAAACAAAAAUCAUCUCCACCAUUUGAAAACAAAACUGCUAUAAGCAGUGAAUCAGAUUCAGAAGAUUUUGUUGAAGUAACAGAUGUACCUAUUCCCGAUAUUUUUCAAAAUAAAAAAAUAGAAAUUACUGUAAAAACAGAUGAAAAACCAAAUAAUGAAGAAGAUAUCUUUGCUGAUAUUUUCGAAACAGAACCAACCGAGUUUAAUAGUUUAUCAGAGCUAUCAUUUCAAGAACAGUCUUCAGAAUUUUUAAAAAAUAUAAAGUUGAAUUCAUCAGCACAAAAUUAUAAAAGUAGUGAAUUACUCCAAAAUAAUUAUUUCGAUGAUUUAAAAAUAGAAAAAUUAAAUCCAUUAAUAGAAGAAAAAUUCGAAAUAAACAAAACAAUAACAAAUGAUUCUAACAGGAACAAUUUUAAUUUGAUUAAUGAAAAAAGCUUGAUUCAACAAUCAAAUAAAGUACAAUUAAUAGGUAAAGAGUUUUUAAACCAUGAAAAAGAAAAUAAAAAUGUACCUGAAACUGUUAUAAAAGUAUCGGCUAAUAUUUCUGUUGAUUCGAAAAAUAAUUCAAGUCCAACAAAUAUUAAACCAAUUGUAAAUAUUAAUAACAAUGAGCAUCCACUAAUCAACUUAAUAAAUAAACAACAAAUAUUAUCUGAAGAGAUGAUUAAUGCAAAAGAAAUACGUAAAAGUAAUUUCACAUCUUCAGAAAAUGUGUCACCCAUUAAUAAUUUGAUAACCAUCAAAUCUACUUUUAGUCAAUUAAGUUCUUCAGAAACGUUAAUACAAGAAAAAAAACCAUCAGAAAGAGUUGAACAAAUCAUAACAAAAUUAAAAAAUGAUGAAGCUGAAAUACUGACUAAAGUAGAUAAAGAGGAGGAUCUUUUAGAUAUGAGAUCACAACUAGAAGAUGAACAUCAAGAAUUAGUAGAAAAUAUUGGAAAAUUAGAAAGACAAGCUACAGAAGUAACAGAACAAAUGCGUAGUGAAGCACAAGAACUCCUCCGUUUAUUUGGAAUUCCAUAUGUUAUAGCACCUCAAGAAGCUGAAGCUCAAUGUGCUUAUCUAGAACUUCUUAACUUAACAGAUGGUACAAUUACAGAUGAUUCUGAUAUUUGGCUGUUUGGUGGUCGUUGUGUCUAUAAAAAUUUCUUCAAUAAUGAUAAAAAAGUUAUGCAGUACCUGAUUAAAGAUAUUGAACAUCAUUUCAAGCUUACGAGACCGCAAAUGAUUCAAUUAGCUUUACUAGUUGGAAGUGAUUAUACACUAGGAAUUCCAGGAAUUGGUCCUGUUACAGCACUUGAAAUUUUGGCCAACUUUCCAUCUGAAGGUGAUGAUAUACUUCAAGGAUUAAUUAAUUUUGCUACAUGGUUAAGAGCAGGGAAAAUAGCAGCACCUGGAAGAACUACUUUAAGAAAUAAAUUAAAAAAUAUUACAGUCGAUUUAGGAUUUCCAAGUCAGGCUGUUGCUCAGGCAUACCUUUUUCCUUCUGUCGAUGAGAGCACAGAACCUUUCAGUUGGAGUAAACCAAAUGUUGUUCUUUUAAGUGAUUAUACUAGAGAAAAAUUUGGUUGGACUAAAAUUAAAUUCGAAGAAGUUAUGGGUCCUGUUAUGAAGAAAUUUUUGAAUGAUAAAUCACAGAAAAAUUUAUUAAAUUACUUUAAAAUAGAAACCGUUCCGCGAGCUAUUAAGCAGAAUUUAAGUAAAAGAGUUCAGAAAGCAGUGAAAAUGAUGGGGAAAGAGGACGAUGAAAAUGAAGAUUCGAAAAAUGAUGAUUCUAAUGAUGAAAUAGAAAAAAAAGUUAAAAAAAAACCAAAAAAACAAUCAGCAAAUAAAAAAAAUAUUGAAACUAUUGAAACAAGUAUAGAAAUUUUUGAAGAUUAUAAAAAAAAUACUGAAUUAUUGGAAACAAAGUUCAACGUUCAACAAAAUGAAAAAAGAGAUGAAUGUAUACCUCAAAGGGAAAAAGAUAAAACUGAAGCACUACAGAAAAAAUUGAAAGCUAUUGAAGUGUUUAGAAAAUCUACUCAGGGAAAAAAGAAAACAAGAAAAAGACUAGUGCGUCGACCGAAAAAUAUCAUAAAAAAAGAGGCUAAACUUUCAGAGAGUAGUAGUGAUAGUAAUUGAGUAGCACUUAUUAUUAAUAAAUUUUCAUAAAUAUUUAUUAAACCAAUUAUUGUGGAAAAAUAUAUUCUCUAUAAUAAACAAUUAAAAACAAUAAAUGAAUAGAAUUGAAUAAAUGGAAUAAAGCGGAUUUUACGUAUAUAAAAAUGUAAAACAAAUUUCUUUAUAUAUCAUUAACAGCCAGCAACAGAUCCGUAUCGUCGAUAAUCAGCAUUUGCUGUAAUUCCGGGGUGAUUUAAUUUUGAUAUUGCGGUUACUGCGCUUCCUAUUCCAACAUAGUGCUCAAUAGUGUGAUUAAUACUUUUUAAGUAAUUUAAUAUUGCAGAAGGGAAGUUUGGUUCAGCUUCAAUCCUCAUUGGUAAUAGCUAAAAUAAUUAAAAUAAUCACCAUAAUUAUGUUUUAUAAUUUUUUUCUUAAAAAAAAUGUUAAAUAAUAAAAAUCAUUCUACUUGAUGAUGUAGUCUUCGAACAUCAAUAGCUUCUUUAAUAGUAUAUCCUGUCCAUAGAUUUAAUACAAUUGUUAAAGCAACUCCGGUUGUAAUUUUUGUACCGCCUGCAGCUCCGACAACUAAUUGAACUUCACCUUUAUCAUCAGUCUAUUGGAAAAAAUAUUCAAUUUAAUUUAUUACUGAAAAAUAAAUAUUUUAAAAUGUUUUAUAACUUACAAUAAUCGUUGGAACCAUUGAACUCAAUGGCCUUUUGCCUGGUGCAAUAAAAUUGGCUGGAGACGGUGGUAAUUCAAAACUAUUAAUGAUAUUUGGAGAACUGAAAUCAUCCAUUUCAUCGUUGAAAAUAAUUCCGGUUGAUGGAGAUCGUUUCAUUGCUCCUAGACUAUAUCGCCAAGAUUAUUGUAAAUUUUUAAAAUUAUAUUUUUAUUUAAAUAAAAUUAAAUCGUACACUUGGUUGAUUGUUGAAGUUGCAGAGACUGCUGAUCCAUCUGAUGCUAAAAUAGAAAUAUGAGCAGUUCCAAAAUCAUCAGGAGUAUGAGUAAUGGCUCCAUAAUAUUUAGGAUCAGUACUAGUCCAGUUGUCGAGAAUUUUUUGGCGUACUUCGUCAGCAUAGGUUUUGGAGGUAAGGUUUUUCAUUAAACUUGCUACAAAUAAAAUGCUCUUGAUUAAAUUUAUGUUUUACACUUUGAUUAAUGAUAAAUUCUUUAACAUACUGAGAUUAACAAAGUUAUCAUCUCCGAGCUCUGUUCGUUUUGCAAAUGCCCAUUUAAAAGUUUCUGCAAAUCGCUGAUAAAAAACAGAUUCAUUAGCAGUCGGGACGAAACUUUCCAAAACAUUUAAAGCAAAUGCUAAGAUAACUCCAGAACCUGGUAAAGCUGCUGUGUGUACAAUGUGUUUACCAAUUUUUGAUGAAAUAGGAUUUUUCCAUAAUGCUCUGUAAAUUAUUUUUCAGUUGAUGAAAUAAAUAAAAAUAUAUAUUUUUUAUUAUUAUAUACCAAAA